AUAUAGGUUUGGUCAGAACGUGACAAUUGAAAAAGAGUCUUACUGAACCACCGUUUUAAUUUUGGAGUAGUUGGGUGUGUUUGUUUGUUAAAUAUUACUGCGACUGAAGUGAAACCUGUUUUGGAAAGUGAGACUGUAUAAUGUAGGAUAUACAAGGAAGCAAGUGCCAUGCCAUUCACAACCUAGGUGUACAGGUGAAGCACAGGUGUUCUGUAUACUAAACUCUGUUAUACCUGAGUAGAACUCCCACAACACCAUGUGAAGUCCUGAAUAUUACUACCAGUAAGCACAAUAUUUCUGCAGACAUAUUAUGGAAAAUUGAUUUUUCCAUGCGAGAUAGAAUAUUGGUACCUGGAUCUUGUAAGCUAUGCGUGCAUGGCUGCACUAUAGUGUACACUUGGACAAGGAGUGAAGAGUUUGACGUCUGCUCACUGCUCGGGCGAGACAAAUCUUCAGGUGCAUCCCUAUCUAUCAGUUCACCUCACCUGUCCACACCUGGUUUUGCCUCAGUGGGUUUGUGUGUAUAUCAAUUAGCCAUAGGUGAGCGGCUGAUUGGAGCUUGGCCAUCUCUAGACCUAUAUAUACCGUACUCUAUAGGGAGCCAGGGAUGUUAGAUUGAUGAGGCUGUACCAAGAAAUCGGGACUACACCUUUUACAUCGCAUGAUCAUGAAAAGGUCUGAUUGGCCACGACAAAGACCCUGUCAUUCGGUGCACUGAGGAGUAGAUAGUAACAUAAAUAAACCGCUCAUUAAGUUUCUAUGAUUACCACUUCAUGUUCCCGAACCUCGACGUCUCUAAACAGAGUUGAAUGCACUCGACAUCUGAAGCCUGACAGGGCUGUGAAAACAGACUAGCUAUUAUUAUAAAUAUCCUAUAUUGCAAACGCAGGGCAUGUUUAGAGUUUGAGAGUAAGGACGUGAGAAACUCUUAAAGUAUUGUUAGGAUUUGAUGAUAUUUUAAUUAUAUUGUGUGACUUUUCUCGCUAACGAUGACCCGACAUCCAAGAUUAUACUGGACACUUCACGACGGGACACACAGGACCAAUAAGGUGUUGAGGAAGCCCUACGACAACCAGUGGACUUGGGGGCCGCUACAGAAGGCCCGCAGAAAAGCGCGGCAACCUGUCACCAAGAUGGACUCUUCGGAUCAACGUGGAGAAGUCAUUCUUCGAAACCUUGCCCACGAUCUUCUGUCAGAAUACGAAUGUGACAGUUUCAAGCAGAUUUUGCAUCAGUUCAAGCAAACACAAUCUGUUGCAACACUUUGCCAUCAGGUCAAGCCAUUGAUCAACACAACAGAAAAACUUCUCCUGCUUGUGGAGUUGAGUUCCCGUAUACCACGCAGUCUGCAGGAGGAUUUUCAUAGGAUCUGCAGUCUUCAGUUUGCUAAUUACGAAACUUAUUUAAGGAUUUACUCCCAUGGAAACGCGCUCGAAGACAAUCCACGCGUAAUUGCGCAAGACUCUUCUGGCAAAUUUCAAAUUGUUUCACGAGGAAGCGAAAAAAAGUUCAUGGUAAAUUCGAAUAGUUAUAAGAAUUACACAGAUAUCAAUUCUCAACAUGGCACCAGUGUUACAAGUGGAAUUUACAGCGAUCAUGACGAGGAAUCAUUAAAACCAGUCGAUGAUACAAACGGGGACGUGUUCUUGUGGGGUCCUGGUAACUAUGGCAGUGUGGAACCAAAGAAGACCACCAAAGUUGUCAAGCCUGCCGUCAAUGGAGCAGUGCGGAGAAUAUUUCUUGCUAGACGCGAGGACGGAAGUCUUGGGCUAGGAAUUCAGGGAGGAAAGGAGUAUGGAACGGAAAUCUCUGUCAACGUUCUUGAUCCUGAAGGACCUGCUGCUUCACAGGGCGUGGUGUUGGGAGAUACGAUUUUGGAGGUUAACGGGACGGACUUUCGCCACCUGACCCACGCCGAGGCGGUCACUCUAAUUAGGAAUGCAUGGAACAUCAUCAUUUUGGUCCAGAGUGGUGGACUGCGGCGUUCCCGCCAAAGUCAGAGAAAAGUUUCGGAACAUCUACAAGUUGUUGACCUGGAAGUGGUGGUGUAUCCCUCUGUUGAAGGCAGACUUGGCUGUGCUACCAACAGGAGGAACAAGAACAAGGUUUUGGUGGUGAGAUCAGUAGAUGCUAACUCACCAGCGCACAAGGCUGGGAUAUUGGCUGGAGAUUUAAUCACGAAGAUUGAUGGAGUUGACAUUCGCUCUCUGACUGAGCGACAGAUUUCUUCCCUUACCCGGACAAAGCGCCUCAUGAUCUGCAUCCGUCGUGGUGUAAGGUCAACAGAGACUGGCAGUCCAAGACCUGGGAACAGAGAGCGUCCUGGAAGCAGCAGUAAGGGAAGAGGUGGCUCACCCAACAGAAACAGAUCCAACAACUUUCAUGACAAACCAGAAACAGACUUGGAGAGGUUCACACAGGCAUUUGGAACUAUGGAUGUAGAUAAUGAAGACGGCCAAAACGGCAACUUUAACAAAACAAAUCAAAACAAUAAUAAGAAUAAUACUAAGGACGGAAACUGGAUGCUUACCCCUAAAGAGGACCCUACCCCCAAGUUCUUCCACCGUAAGGAGUUUAUUACAGCCCCUAAUGUCCAGACGCGAGCCAGAGCAGAUAGUCAGGGUGCCGCGCAGUUUGAGCGUCGGAGUAGGAGCCGUGGACGUGACGCCAUACAGGUGGUCUGGGGCGGUGGUGUGCGACGCUACGUCAGAUCACGUUCCCAGUCUCCCCAUCACACCCAGAGAUCCCGACGACACUCACGUAGCAUGUCUCGCCGCGAACAAGACAUCCUGAUGGCGAUUCAGAUGGGUGUGGAGAAACGACAACGUGCGCUACGCCUAUCUCUGUAUCAGACUCCCGAUAACAGCGAUCUGGAUUGGGAACUGUAGCUACCUAGGAGAACUAGUAUUUCAAUAGUUCCCCUAGAUUAGUGAUCGAUGCUGCGAAUAAACGUUGCCAUACUUACGAUACAAGAUAUAGUAUGAAGGUGGGAGAGCCUCCCUAUUGUGCCAGAAUAAUCAAAAGAAUUGAUAAAAAUAGUGUUCCGAUCAAGUUUGUAAAUUAUGUUCUUUUUGUUAUAUUCACAUGAGUUAGUGACAUUGGGGCAUUGUGCUAUGUUCAAAUUACUAGUAACAUUUAUCGCUACUGUUACAUUUCGAUGAAUUAAUCCAUUAAACCAGUAACAUGUUCCCCUAUGGGCCACUUCUAUCAGUCAUUGUUUAGUGUAAGUCCCACUGAGAGUGGUCAGUGAUUUCAAGAUGACCACUGCCACCAUAGCCCAUUAUUGACCAAUGAUGAUAACAUUGGUGUAUGGCCCAGUGGGUUGAACAUGCAAAGAACAAAAUCCACAUCUAUCUCCCUUGUUACUGCAAAUGUGGACUUCAAUGCAAAACUGUGAUCGUUUACAAAAAUAAAUUUGCAAGUGGAAUAUUUAUUCGAAUUUCCUCUGAUUCAAAUUUCUGAAUUUUCGUUAUGUGAAUACAGAGGAUUUCGGCUGAACAAUGACGCGGUAAGAUUUGCUCUGUGUUGAAUUUUGAAAGCACAUUAAUUGGGAUUUGUUGAAUGUUUUGGGUGUGUGAGUUUAUGAAUCAAAUGAAAUUUUCAAAUGAACUAUUUAUAUACUAUUGUUACCAUUAUAAAUAAAUUGAUGUGUAUUUGUGAGGAAAGUGUGUGUAUAAUAUAUUUAUGUACUAGUAUGAAAUUAAACCCCAUGUGUAUGUUAUCAUUAGGGAUCUAGCAGGAUUAACUCACUUACCCCUGAAAUUUCAUAAUGAACUAUUCCAACCUUUGAACUUUAAUGAAGAGUUCAAAUGUGUCUAUAGGGGUAAAUGAGUUAAAUCCCUCUAAAUAUUGAUGUACCAAACUUUAUAUUACAAUGUACCAAGAAUUAAAUCAUCACAUCAUUUAUAUAGACAUGUGCUGAUUUUUUUUCUCCUCAAAAAAAUCUUUAAAUCAAUAUUUAUAUUUGUAUUGUUUAUAAAUCCAUUUAGUAAGAACAUGUAAAUGUUACUAAUCUUUACAGGGGUUUAUCCAAAUUUCAUCCAAAUUUCAUCCAAGGAUCUGUUUUCCAAAACCCCUGCUUUGACUUUGACAAAGAAUUUUCUCAAUUUUUGAAGAAUCUUAUCCAACUGUUGCUUGUAAAUUAAGUACCUCUCAUGGUUUUAUUACCUUAUUUACAAAAAAUACUUCAGUGUAUCUAACCUAAUAAUCUUAAAAAAUAUAUUCAUUAUCCUUUAAGACAAGACAGAAAACUUAACAAAUUUGAAUUCUAAAUUUCCAGCCUGCAUCGGCUAGAAAGAAACGGCCAAAUGGUUUCAUUUUGUGUUCAAUUUUCUAGAUGCACAAUUUUCAUUUCUCUAAAGAAUUCAAGUGUCUUUACUAGUGUCAACUGUAAACAAAUGGACAAAGUGCUUUUAAAUUUUACAAAGGUGCUGUAGUGGUGAUAUAUCAUAUAAAAUCUAGCAUUUAUAAGUAAAUGUGAUGACCUCAUUCACAAAGAAAUACUGUAGUUGACCUUCAUUAAUCCCAGAGGAAAUCACUUCCGAAAACCUUUCUAGUGCUCUUAUAUAAAUAGAAUAGUUUUUUUCAAAGAAAUCAUCAGAUUACUAUCUUGAUAAUUUGAUAUAGUUUGUCCUAGUUUCUUUAUAAGAAUGAUUGUGGAUGUAGGAGGAGCUGGUGGACAAGACUGUGUUUUGCGAUGUUGAGUUCAUGAUCACUGUAAUGUUUGAAUCAGAUUUGACAGGAUUUAUUUCAUAAUGAUAAUUAUUGCAACUGCCUUAAAUGAUUGAUGUGUGUGAGUGUGUAUAUGUAUAUAUGUGUGUGUGUGUGUGUGUGGUUUUGAUAUGUACAUAGAUAAUAAUGAUCAUCACCAUUGCCUGACUGUGGUAUGGAUAACCCAGUGUUGGGUUGACGUACGAUUUAACUUGUGGGUAUCAGUUGAGUAUUCGCGGCUGUACUGUACUUCAGUCUUUGAGUGUCCCCAAGUGCCGUGUGACGCAGAAUGACACCUAUUUAUAUUGUCCCACAGCAUCUCGUGACACAGAACAACACUACGGAGUAUCUCGAG